AUGCCUCUACCAUUCUUCCUUCAGCCACUACUGUUAGUGGCAUAUUACCAAGAACGAUUAGCGCAAUACAGCGCAAGAUGGCUUCAACGAAGCAAUGAACAAUUGUUUGGGCCCUUGGAACAGUUGGUAGCCGCGGUAGUUAUCCUUGGACUAGCGAUGCAAGCUCCUCCGCCAACUUGGACACCUCCGGUUCUCCCACCGAUCAUCAUGAAUAGUACAAAUUUACCCCGACCAGCCCCUGGCUCAGGAUCAUCCUCCGAAACACCCUCAUCACCAAUAUCAACAAGAAAUGUUCUCCUCGAUAGGAUUUACGACCACCUUCCAGGAUGGCUCCAGAUUAGUCCAUCCAACAUCGCCCUUGUGCUGCUUGCAGCCAACGUAGGUAUGAUAUUGAUGGGUGAUGAUCUGAGAAGGAGAUUGAAGGAGUCUUGGGAUCUCUUCUGGUCACCAUGGCAAGAUCGUCGUGAAGCUGGAUCUACUUCAAACCCAGAAGUAAGAUUUGAGAGUCCCGAAAGCUCUUCGCGCGAUACCAGUAAAAAAGCUGAGCCGGAAAAAGCAAGAGAGGCCAAAGCUCCCGUUGCAGACCAGUCCAGAUCUGCUUCAGCGGAUAAGACGAAAGGACUUGAUGGACCCACACCAGAUCCGAAAGUGGUUAAGAAUGAUGAACGGCCUAAAGAGGAAUCGGGACUGACUGAGUCUGAAAAGGCUCGAAAGGCUAAGGAAUUGCAGUCGGAUAAGGAUAGGCCGAUUGUUGAGCCUGAUGCGAAAGAUAAAGGUAAAAGUCGUAUGGAAGGUGAAAGGCCUGGAGAGUCAAAUUCUGCUUCCGGAAGUACACCAGAGUCUUCAGAUAGGACAGACAGAAAGAUCAAGGGGCCUGCUGACAAAACGAGGCCAAGAACUCUUGGUGAUCAUGAGAGUAAAGACAAAGCUAAAGACUCGUCUCGAUCCGAUACCGAUAACGUCACCAAAAACACAUCAUCCUCAUCACGAUCCACCAGCGGGAGUGGUACAGAUACAGAAGAUGAUCCAUUGAUGUCAGGCGAUUAUCGCCCCCUCAAAUCAGUACUGAAAAAAUCAAAAAAGAAACCUAAACAAAGUAAGAAUAUCCAUCAUAAUUUCUUUAUGACCAUGAGAGGCUAUCGACCUUCUCUUAUUCCUUUCCCACAUGGAUUUCAUCCUAAGCCUCAAGAUCCGAGGAAUACACCGUGGUGGGAUAAUGUACCAAGGAAUGCGGAUCAUAUUAUGGCGGUACCGAGAGUACCCAAGGAGCCUGAAAAUAAAGAUGAAGAUGAGGGUAAGAGAGAGAAGAGGAUGGGUAAGGAGAAGGAGAAGGGUGAAGAUAAGAACAAAGAUACAGAUGAAGAAAGUAAGAGCAAAAGCGCAAGUGAUGACAAGAAAGGAGGGAAUGCUAGUAUGAGCGAGAAAGAGAAAGAGAAAGAGAAAGAGAAAGAACGAGCCAAAGCGAAAGCCGAGGUUGAAGCUAAAGCUAAAGCCGCUGCUCAAAAGGAAGGUGAAUUGAAAGCUAGACCCAGAGCAGCUUCUGGCUCUUCUUCGCUGCCCGAUCAUGCCGCAAGAGUACCCGCCGAUCCAAUGAUCCAAAAAGCUACCUAUCUAAGUCAGGGUAUUUUAAGUAUUCUACUAUAUUACUUGAGCCCUCAACUCGGUUUCCUACUUCUCACUUUCUUCGUAUGGCAGUAUAUCAAUUCCCAUAACGAUAUGAUCCUAUCUCUUCGAGGAUCAAACUUAACCAGUUCUUCGUCAUCCUCAUCCAGCUCGAGCAGAAUACCAAAUUCCAUUUCCGCCACGAGCGGUGCGCCAUUACCCGACCAUGGUAGAGGGUCUACUGAGAGCUCCCAGAAGCCCUCGAAUAGAGCAGAGAAGAUAGCCGAGCUUGAGAAAUUGAUCAAGAAGCUCCGAUCAUUACCUGAAAUGUCACUGGAGCAUAAAGAGAAAUUACAAAGGGCUAUGGUCAUGCGUAAACAACUCAUUGAUGAAGAUUCACCAGGUUCCAGUAAAGCGCAUUUUGAAGGUGAUAGUAAUACGACACCGAAAAAGAAGGAUAAUGAGGCAGUAGGACGUGGGAAAGAGAAAGGGGAAGUAGAUAUUGAUGUUGAUGAAUUAGAGAAAAAAGCAAAAGAGAUGGACGAUUAUGUGAUGAAAUAUCGAUCGAUUGAGAACCCAAAUGAAGAACAGAGAUCGAAACUUGGCAAAGCAGAAGAGAGGAGAAAAGCCCUCUGGAAGCAGGUCAGGAUAUUGAAAGGUAAUGAACCUGCUUCGAUGAUGCCAUCCACCCCUCGGAAUGAAAAAGAAGAUGCAAGCUCGCGAUCGAGAAAGAGUCGGGAGGUCGACGACUUGGAGGAGAAAGCGAGAAAAUUGGACGAGUACGUUAUAAAAUAUCGAAACAUCGAAAAACCAACGUAUGAACAGACCGCCGAACUUGCCAAAGUAGACGAGAGGCGUAAGGAGAUAUGGAGUCAGGUUAGAAAGUUGAAAGGGAAUGAACCUACUUCGCUCAUGCCUAAAUCCAUCGAGGAGAAACAGCAAGAACUAAGAAGGAAAAUCAAAGAGAUCGAAGCGUAUAUUAUGAAAUACAAGAGGGUCAAAGAUCCGUCCGAUGAAUUUCAAGAAGAAGUAAUCAGGGCAGAAUCCAAACGAAGAGCUUUGAAGAAGGAACUCUCGAAUCUGGUAGAAAAAGCCAAUGUCGGUAGUAGUGGGUUGACUGUUGAUGAGAAGGAAUCUCUAGCUCGACCGGAGACCUAG